AUGGGAAACACAUGCAUUGGAUCUUUCAGGUCAGAAUUUCGUCAGGGCUACGAUAUGACAAAGGAGAAACUUUCCAGUUCCAAGCUCAACAAGAACCCUGUCAGGAUAAGUUACAACAUUGACAGCCUGCAGGCUCAUCAUAUUUUAGGCCAUAAAACUCCUAAUAUUCAUGACCUUUACAUGUUCGGGCAGAAGCUAGGACAAGGACAAUCCGGGGCUACUUUUGUUUGUACUGAGAUUGCAACUGGGAUUAAAUAUGCAUGUAAAUCUAUACUGAAAGCAAAUUUGAUUUCCAAGGACGCUGCGGAGAAUGUUAGAAGAGAGGUCCAGAUAAUGCAGCAUUUGGCAGGUCAGAAAAACAUUGUGGAGAUCAAAGGUGCCUAUGAGGAUCCUUUAUAUGUGCAUAUUGUAAUGGAGCUUUGUUCUGGAGGUGACUUGUUUGACCGAAUAAAAAAGAGAAGCCAAUGUUACAGUGAAAGAGAGGCAGCUAAAUUGGUAAAGAUAAUUGUUGGGGUGAUUGAGGCCUGCCAUACACUUGGGGUUAUGCAUAGAGAUCUAAAGCCAGAAAAUUUCAUGUUGGUAAACAGAGAUGAUGAUUUCUCUCUCAAAGCCAUUGAUUUUGGAUACUCUAUCUUCUUUGAACCAGGCCAAGUGUUUACUGACAGGGUCGGGAGUCCAUAUUAUGUGGCUCCUGAGGUACUAAACAACUAUUAUGGACCAGAAGCAGAUGUAUGGUCUGUAGGGGUUAUACUCUACAUACUGCUAAGUGGUGUGCCACCAUUCUGGGCAGAAACAACUCAAGCACAAUUUGAUGCAACAUUGAAAGGGCAUAUUGACUUUGAAUCAGAGCCAUGGCCUAAAAUAUCAGACAGUGCAAAGGACUUAAUCCGAAAAACGUUAUGCCUUCGACCUUCAGAACGCUUGACCGCUGGAGCAGUGUUAAGUAAGUGUGAACUUUCUAUAGAUUCUGCAGCUCAAUAUAAACAAAUAAUUUGA